AUGGAGAAAGCUGAGCGGCAGUCGCAGCAACCAGACAUCUCAGAGCCUGAAAAGGACACGGAGAGCUUCCCGCUAUCGCGGAUAGCCUUCGACCUUGAAGCAUAUGCUUUGAGAUAUAUAUGGUGGCAGGGUAGCGACGGGCGGUGCUUGAAACGUGGAGCUUUGACACGGCUCCUCCACAUUGCCACAAACGCACCCAGAGAGGAACUGCGAAAGGAGGCUGCGCGUCUAGGCCUGCAGAUUCUUACGAACAACUUUUCCGAAGCAGCUGGUCUUGCCUUGAUGGCACCUUGUGCAACAAAGCCAUGCGCGAGUGGCUCGGCACUUGAGGUUCGUAGAUGGGGUGAUUCCCCUCCGCUACUCUCGCCGGGUCGUAGUGGUCGUUCAUGCGCUGUGCGGGGCGAAUCAUCGUUGUUGGAUAUGGUCCGUCAGGAGCCCGUUGAUCUGGGGCUCUACGCAGAAUUCAAAAGAAUUCUAGACGAACCCAUCGACGUAGCGUUCACAUGUGAAUGCAAAGAUGCCUUCGCCAAGUAUCGGAAUUCGCUACUGCGAGGGCUGGAGAUCAGCCAGCAAAAGGGAAUCGAUCAGGCCGUUCGCUCUUCAUACAACGAACUGGCCCACUUCUACUAUGAACAUGGAUACCUGGAUGAGUCCCUGAGAUAUUUACAGAUGAUGGAAGCUCGCGGUAUGCAGAAACAUGAACUUCUCUGUUGGAUCCUAGAUAUAUUGCGUAUUCAUCUGGAGAAAUUGUCCUCCAGGGUUCAUGCCCAGGAAAAUCGAGGUCCGCGGCACGAUUUCGCUGCACAAUAUCCACAAUUCGAUCUCGAUGCAUGUCAUGGUCACGAAAGCACGGCUCUAGCGCGUAUUCCAUUGCAGAUCGAUCUCAGAGGGGAUACUUCACGUAUAGAGCAGCUGGCACAUAUAGCCGAAACAUCGCUGGAAGAGAAAGACAUCGCUGAAGCCACAGCGUUGCAAGCUGGUCUUGCUUUGGUCGCACUUCAUAAUGGUCAAUACCGUCGAGCAGUGAAGCACUUUCUUGCCGUAACCACAGCCUUUCGUGAUAGUGGGUUCACGGAUAUGAUAUCGAGUGACGACAUCGCGUUGCACGCGGUCCUGUGUGCAAUCGCCACCUUGAAUCGGGAGGAAAUUCUGGAGUGGAUCCUGCAGAACAGAUCGUUCUUGCCCAUACUUGAUCAAAACCCGAUUUCCAAAGAAUUGCUGAAUAGCUUUUUCAAUAGAAAAUUCCCUGAUCUGUUACGAAGUUUGCGGGCUUUGCAACACGAUCUGAGCAUGGACUUGUAUAUGCAUUCGCACACCGAAGGUUUGACGCGCCUGAUUCGCCAUAGAUGCUACGUUGCAUAUGUCCGGCCCUUUCGCAGAAUCCGACUCUCCCGGAUGAAGUUUGAACUUCUCGGAUCGGAUUCAUUCGAUGCAAGUAGCGAUGAUAGCUUUGAGCGUGAUCUCGAGUGGCUCCUGCGGCAGGGAUGCAUCCAAGGCCAGCUUCAUCUCGAGGAAGAUCUGCUCGAAGUCAACAGCUACGAUGGACACGCGCUCAUGAUUGCCUCUGUUUUAGAUGAGGCAAGCAGUUCUUGGGCGUUCUGCGAGAAAGAAACUUUGCGAUUUGCGUACUCGACCUGCCGAAUGGGGUUCCCACCCUAG